AACAGAAGACUGCACACACAUGUGGGAGGAAAAGCCUUGCUAGAUUAAAAAAAGAGAUGGAAACCAGAACUAAACGAAAGGUUCAUAGGAUAGAACUAUGGGAGGCAGCUCAUAAAAAGAAGAAUGGUAGAUACACAACAGAAAAGGCAGAGACACUGAUGGCUGCAUCUUAUGAGGAAUUUAAAAAAAGGAGAGGGAACAAUGAUGGUAAUCGUCUUUCAUCUAAAGAUUACAAUGAAGUGUUCAAUGAUAUUGUUGCCAAGGAUUUCAAAGCACGUGGGUACUAUGAUGAUAAGUACUGGAGUCAAGUACAAGCUUUUCAAGGUUUACCGUUUGUUAAUCAAACGGAGGAAGAAAGAAUGUACCAAGAGAAAGUAAAUGAAAUUGACAAUAAAAUGGAAUCCGUGAGUGGUCUCAUGAAGCAUUGGCUUACUUUUAUGUCAAAAAAGUAUCCAGAAGAUUUAACCCCAGAAAUGAGAGAAGCUUUACAAAAUGAAGGUGGUGAUAGUUAUGACCAAUGCAAUGAAGAUGACAAAUCUGAAAAUUAUGCUGCCAAAGAUACGAGUAGCAUCCAAGAAGAUUCAAAUGAUGACGUGACCUCUCGAACAAAUGAAGUGCAUAACAUGGUUCAUGUCGAGCAGCAGCAACAACAAUCUGGCCAUAGAAGUCUUGGACGAACUCAAGUCCAUACAUCUGCACCACAUGAGCAAACACCUUCAAAGAAUGGCUAA